GACAGUCCGGCUGGCCCGCCCUGGCCCAGUGACUGACCAGCAGCCCUUCCCAAGGCUUUUAAUGGUUCGCUUGGAUGGGAAUUAAUUCUGGGAUGGAUCAAUAAUGCAUUGAGGUUCGUGCAGUCCAAGGCAAGCCGUCAGUCGGAAGCAAGGAGACAGAGCAGAGGGAGCAUCGCCGGUAAAGCCAGCAGCCAUGGGGGCCCUAGCGGGGCCGGAGGGGCAGUCGGGCCAGAGGAAGAGAAAAGGAAAGUGGAUGACAGCAUGAUCGGCACAAGGACUCAGGCCUGGCAGCUUCUGGAAUAUGCUGAGCCCAAAGAUCAGGCAAGCCAGGAGGGCCCGCUCCAAAAGCCUGGUGAUGGGAGAGCAGAGCCGAAGCCCUGGGCGGCUGCCCUGCCCCCACAGGCUGGGCCCUGUGCUGAAGGAGGGCUGGCUGAAGAAGCAGAGAAGCAUCAUGAAGAACUGGCAGCAGCGCUGGUUCGUGCUGCGUGGGGAUCAACUUUUCUACUACAAGGACAAAGAUGAGACCAAGCCCCAGGGAUUUAUUUCUCUACAAGGGACCCAAGUGACUGAACUUCUUCCUGGCCCCGAGGACGCAGGGAAGCACCUCUUUGAGAUCAGCCCAGGUGGUGUCGGGGAGCGGGAGAAGGUGCCGGCCAACCCGGAGGCGCUCCUACUCAUGGCCAGUUCCCAGCGUGACAUGGAGGACUGGGUGCAGGCCAUCCGCCGGGUCAUCUGGGCCCCACUUGGCGGAGGGAUCUUUGGGCAGCGCCUAGAGGACACAGUCCACCAUGAGCGGAAGUAUGGCCCCCGUCUGGCCCCCCUGCUGGUGGAACAGUGUGUGGACUUCAUCCGGGAGCGUGGGCUCACCGAAGAGGGGCUCUUCCGCAUGCCAGGCCAAGCCAACCUGGUGAGGGACCUGCAGGAUUCCUUCGACUGUGGGGAGAAACCACUGUUUGACAGCACAACAGACGUGCACACGGUGGCCUCUCUGUUGAAGCUCUACCUGCGGGAGCUCCCUGAGCCCGUGGUCCCCUUCGCCAGGUAUGAGGACUUCCUUAGCUGUGCCCAGCUGCUCACCAAGGAUGAGGGGGAGGGGACUCUGGAAUUGGCUAAACAAGUGAGCAGCCUUCCCCUGGCCAACUACAACCUGCUCAGAUAUAUCUGCAAGUUUCUGGAUGAAGUUCAGUCCCACUCAAAUGUCAACAAGAUGAGCGUCCAGAACCUGGCAACUGUUUUUGGACCUAAUAUACUUCGGCCACAGAUAGAAGACCCAGUAACCAUCAUGGAAGGUACUUCUCUGGUCCAGCACCUGAUGACUGUCCUGAUCCACAAACACAGCCAAUUGUUCGCUGCGAGGGCCGAGGAAGGACUGGCCUCCCCGCGUGGGGGCCCACCGUGCACAGUGAGCUGGGGCUCGGAGGAGGUCCCGAGGGAUGCCCGGCCAGAACCCAGCAGCCCCAGCACCCCUGGCCUGCCGUCACACAGGACCUCAUCUCUGGAUGGGGCCACUGUGGCGGCGCUAUCCAGAACCUCUCCUACGGGCCUGGGUCGCCGAGGCAGCCCUGUCACCACCAGCCCUGGGAAGAAGGUGCAGACUCUGCCCAACUGGAAGUCCUCCUUCUGGCAGUCAGGGUCCCGUUCGGGGAGCCCGAAGGUGGGCAACUCAUCUCUGGAGGUGCCCAUCAUCUCUGGAGGGAACUGGCUCAUGAACGGGCUGUCCUCUCUGCGUGGCCACCGCUGGGCCUCUUCGGGAGAACGGCUCAAGGACUCCAGUUCUGCGCAGAGACUCUCCACUUAUGACAACGUGCCUCCGCCCGGUGGCCUGUUUCCCAGCACUCCCAGUGUGGCCAGCACAGCACGGUCGGGGGCCUCCUCUUACGAGGCAUCGGCCAGGGGCUCGGUCAGCAGCUGCACGGCCUGCCGGGCCAGCGACUCGUCCACCUGCAGCUCCCUGCACACUGAGGGGGCCCUCGAACCUUCCCCUUUCCCCAGCAGCAGUGAGGACCACCGAUGUCCAGAGCUGGGCCGUGGCCUAGACGAGGUGGGCACCUGCAUCAGCAGCAGCGAGCCCAGCGACCCAGGCAGCCCAACCCAGGACUAUGCCCGCUGCUCCCAGGCUCUCCAGGGCCUGGUCACGGAGCUCAGGGCAGAGCUGUGCCGGCAGAGGACUGAGUACGAGACAAGUAUAAAAAGACUUGAAGAAGGCAGUGCCAGCCUGAGGAAACAAAUGUCACAGCUAGAAGAAGAACUGGACCAAGAAAAGAAAAAGCACACAAUGCUGGAAAUAAAGCUGAGGAACUCAGAGCGGGCACGGGAAGAUGCAGAGAAGAGGAACCAGCUGCUGCAGAAGGAAAUGGAGGAGUUUUUCUCAACCUUGGGAAGCCUGACUGUUGGGGCAAAAGGUGACAAAGCCCAAAAGUGAAGAUGUGGAAAGAGCUCCCUCCCACAGCAGUGCUUGCCUGCCUCAGGAGGAGCCACAAACCCCUGCAGCUUGGACCUGGGCUUCAGUGGUGCCAGGAGCUCUGGAGCCAGCUGGAGGGAGGAGUCCUGACACCCCCAGGGGAACUGUUGGGAGCCCAAGCCCCAUGUAGGAUCUGGAUGCUUCUCCAACCAUGCAGGGCCUGGUAGGUGUCAGAGGGGACAAUCCCAUGACCACCCAAGCACCUGGGAUCAGAGUAGCCCACUGGGAACAUUUUGCAUUCUUUAUUAAAUUUGCUGUCAUGGCACGAUGUCUGGAUGCCUGACUCCUUUAUGGUCAUGCAGAAUAGGUGUUACCAAGUUGCUCACAGAGUCGGAAGUCCUCGGGGUGUCCCACAGUGGAAUGGCCUUACGAAGCUCUGAGGAAUACCCAGUGUGAUCACAGUCACUGAAGCUGGAUUGAUGCAAAUCUACGUUUUGCUCCAUACUCCCUGUGCCCAGGGCAGG